GAGUAAGAGAGAGAGUGUGUGCCCUGGGUUCAGUUUUGGUUUCCACUCCCGCUCCCACACACCCCUUAUAUCAGACAUCUCAGCCAUGCAGGCAAGCCGAACUUCCUCCUCCAUCGGCGUGUUCGCAGACUGCAGCAUCCCCGCGGGCGCGCGCCUCGGACCGGUACCUGGAAUCUUCCGCCUGGGGAAGUGCGUCUCAGACCGGAAGGAAGUCGGAAUUAAAAAGAAGGUGCGGAUGGUCAGAGGGGAAUUCGUAGAUGAAUGUGGUUCUGCAGUCACAGAUUGGAUUUUAUUAAUCCGAGCAGCAAGGAACAGCGAAGAACAAAACCUUGAGGCGGUGUCGGAUUUACCUGGCGGACAGAUAUUUUACCGCGCGCUCAGGGAGAUCCCGGUUGGAGAGGAACUGAGUGUUUGGUACUCCGAGGGUCUUGCUCAGUGGUUCCACAUUCCCACUACUGCAACACCCACACACGACGAGAGAGGUGAAGAGCGUUACAUUUGCUGGUACUGUUGGAGAAUAUUCCGAUAUCCAAACACCCUUAAAGCGCAUGUGCAUUUUCAUUGUGCACUUAGCUAUGCACGGACCCCCAUCAGUCACGAGCAUGCACCACGAGGACCUCCAGACAACACCAACUUCAGCCGUUCACCCAAGUCGGGUGAUAUCCCCAGCGGUGCAAGCACAUCGCCCUUUACCAACAAGGCAGCAGCAGCAACAGCAGGAUUACCAAGGCAAGCUAGCCAGGAAGACCAGGACCGGGCACUUGACAUGAGCGUGACCUCAUCAUCCAGACACCACCACGGCCUGGUUGGUGGCAGCUCCUGCAUUGCAUUUCAGCCUGGCACCCGUUCGGCUUUCAUCCCCGCAGGACUUGGCAAAAUGUUCCCUCCAGGUGAUGAGGCCAGAAACGGGGACACAAAAAACGAUACAACACUUAGCUUCGGCAAACUCUCUCAGGUCUCGAAGGCCAGCCGCACUCCUGUCGACACUGCGCCUCGAGGGUUUUCAUUAUUAUCUCAUUUUGAGGAGACCUCAGCUUUCAAGCAUGUCUCUCCCGGUACUCGUUAUCCUCACAUUCCAACUGGUUUCCCAUUUGAGCGUUUCUCGUUACCACCAUCUUACAACAGAGACUGUAACAGCGUUCCUCUAGUGCCAUUCACUGUUUAUAAUGGAGAGCUGCUUUAUGGCUCACCCUACUACCCAUUAAAGUUUCACCUCCUCCGCUACCCGGACUCUGUUUCCUCCUACUUCGGUUCUCCGGCACUUGGGGCAGACGUGAACCCCACAUGCAGCCCGGUGGACAGAGAGAUGACUGUCCAUGUGGAGAAAUCCCGAGCCAGACUGGAGCCCUUGCCAUCUGUGACUCAUGCGCAUGCUGCAGUGGCGACUGGAGUUAACCCAGUCUCGGGCAAACCAAGGAAGGGUCACUUGUGUCUAUACUGUGGAAAGCUCUACUCCCGGAAGUAUGGACUAAAGAUCCACAUGAGAACACACACGGGCUAUAAGCCACUUAAGUGCAAAGUGUGUUUCAGGCCUUUUGGUGACCCGAGCAACCUCAACAAGCAUGUUCGACUGCACGCUGAGGGAAACACACCUUACCGCUGUGACUACUGUGGAAAAGUGCUGGUGCGCCGGAGAGACCUUGAGCGUCAUGUCAAGUCCAGACAUCCGGGUCACCAGGGCCUGAAAAAGAAAUCAGCGGAGGAAGAAGAGCACGCUGAUGACCACAUUGAGGAGCCAAAGAGUGAUGAGGACACUGAUGUGGAUGUGUGUUUCACAGAUGAACAGAGUGACCAAGAGUCCAGCCAAAAAUAACCACUGACUCUUUAUUGGACUUGUUAUUUAAAUGUAUAUGAAUUAUUAAAACACAACACACUCCCACUACGAUACACACUGGUGUAAUCAUUUUAUUAAAUGAGCCACCAAACAAUAUACAGUCACAUGACAUUCCAGCCCCCAGCUUUGUAUGCUGCUGGAUUAGAAGCAGAGAACAUAAGCCCUUGGUGACUUUCCCUAGCCACUUUUCCUUAGUUAAGUUAUAUUUAUGUUACCUGUUUAAAACACCCCAUUUACCUAAUGCAACUAAAAAUUAGGGAUAUUCUCAGCCUUAUUAAGGUAAAUCUGUUGGAGCUUUUUCUGCUGCAGGGCAUUAUGGGAUUUCAUGAGUGCAUUGGAUUUUCUUCAUUCUGUUUAGUAAACAGGACACAGCUGAAAUGUGAUACCUCACCAUAAUCCUUGCACACUUGUUGAAAUUUAAAUAUGCUUUUUGAAAAAGUGGGAUAAACACAACAGCUUGCUGGAUUUAUCCCGACAGCUUUUAGGAUUAGAAUUACAUUUUAGAGGUAAUGUCCCCUGAAUCUGGAGCUGCACUUUAUAGAAACAGUAGUAUAUAUCACUGGUUUAAAAAAGUAUGCAUAUUAAAUUUUUUUAUACAUCACAUCCCUUUCCUUUUUCUCUGGUUCCAAAUUUCCUUUUUUUAAAAUAGGAUAUUGUGAGUGUCAUCAGACUCUGUCGCCAUGUCCUAUUGUAUAACUGUCUGUUCGCACUUUCCCAUUCAGAUGUGUGCCCUUCAGGUAUAGAGCAAACUCUCUUCAUCAUCA